CCAAUCAAACACCUCGAUACGGCGAUCCGUGUGUGAUGCUGACACGGUACUCGCUCAUGACAGAGGAUCUGUUGUCCGGUAAUAGCGCACAAAGAGGCCUGAUAACCAUACGGUUAAAGGCAAACCCCAUGCUAAUACGAGCCAAAGUCAGUCGGGUAACACACACCCUGCCUUUUAACUAAAGAAUUAAACUCACAACGUCUGUUUAUGUGUAGACGUCACAUCACGCACUCAAAAGCAACCUGACGCGCUCCUCUCAUGUAAGCUCGCGGAUACUGAGGGGAAGAAAGACUAAAGGCAUGAAACUGACCGGAGCUCACAACAUUGUUUGGGACGGUGAGAGGCUUGCAGAGGGGAGGUAAAGAAUGCAAGCCUCGCAGUGACUGAUGUGGGCAGGAUCCCUGAGUGGUCACCAUGAAAGCAGGAAAUUCAAAGUGUGCUUUCUCCCUGGGCUUCCUGGUGGGCAGCUGUACCUUGUAUGUCUUCUUGAGACAGGUAUGGUUUGAGGAGAGCUUCAGCUGGCAGCAUGAUGGCAAAAGCAACCUUGCGUCACUGGGAUCAGAGCAAAACACCCCCAACCUUACCUGGAGAGUGGAAGGAUCUGCCCUGAUCAACCUCAAGCAUCCUCACCAGUCAGGAGAGGACGGUCACAUUGCAGACGAGCUGUUUAAGAAAGUGCGUAUCCUGUGCUGGGUGAUGACAGGGCCUAGUAAUCUACAGUCAAAGGCUCGGCAUGUGAAGGCCACAUGGAGUCGUCACUGUAACGUAGUCCUAUUCAUGAGCUCUGAAGAAGACCGCAGCUUUCCAACAGUAGGCCUCGGCACAGGAGAAGGCCGUGACCAGCUGUACUGGAAGACUAUUCGUGCCUUCCACUAUGCUCUGAAGAACCAUGGCGAUGAGGCAGACUGGUUCCUCAAAGCAGACGAUGACACGUUCGUCGUCGUGGACAAUUUGCGCUGGAUCUUGUCAAAUUACACAGCAGAGCAGCCCAUAUACUUUGGCAAGAGGUUCAAGCCGUACGCCAAGCAAGGCUACAUGAGCGGUGGUGCAGGUUAUGUACUCAGCAAAGAGGCCCUGAGAAGGUUUGUGGAGGGUUUUAACACUAAAGUGUGCACUCAUACCACCCCAGUGGAAGAUCUAGCGAUGGGUCAGUGUCUGGAGAAAAUGGGAGUGGUAGCGGGAGACUCCAGGGACACACUGCACCGGGAAACCUUCCAUCCUUUCAUUCCUGAACACCAUCUUACUGGAAAGUUCUCCAAGACCUUCUGGUACUGGAAUUACUGCUUCUACCCAAUUGUAGAAGGCCCACAGUGCUGCUCUGACCUGGCAGUGUCUUUCCACUAUGUAGACCCUGUGCUAAUGUACACGCUUGAGUACUACACUUACCGUCUGAGGCCCUAUGGCUACCAACACCGCUACCAGCCUCCAGUGCCUGCUGUACUGUCUUUGGCUUCCCACACUGUGAAACCCACCACAGAAGCUCAGAGAUUAGAGGAGCAUUUUAAAGAAAAGUCAGUUUCAACAUACACCAUAAAUCCCAGGGCAGAGAACAUGAAGAGUACUGAAACAAGUCACAGAGUCACAAAUGCUGCCCAGGGGAUAAAUAUAACAGACAGACGCACAGGACGAUUGUGAAUGUGAUAAUAUUGCAGAAAAUAUUGCAUUAUGUAAAUCCAAAAUGACUAAUGUGAAUGUGAUGAGCAUUUUAGAUCAUCCAGUGUCCUGUGCGGAUGGAAUGGUGUGGUGUAGUGGUUACAGAUCUGGGCUAAUAACCAAAAGCUGUAGGUUCAAAUCUCAACAAAGAACAAUUUUUUGCCAUUAUUGCUUUUGAUCAAGUAACUUGACCAGUUGUACCCAGUAUUAAGAGAACUGCAAGUCACUUUAGAAAAGUCUUUGCUACUUACUAUGGAUUUGGUGAUAAGGCCCUGCUAUUUGAUUAUUAAAUUGUUUUGCUGCCAUAUGGUCUAAGUGCAGUAAAAGUGUCCAAUUCACAACCCAUUUUUCAUUAUAGACCAAGAACAUAAAGAGCUUCAACAGUUUUGUAUUUCAACAAUGAGACAAAAAUGAAAAUGAAAAGCUACAUUUCAUAUAAUAACCAAUGAUUCUUUGGGGUUUCUUUAACUUGGAAAGUUCAGAUGUCCUUUUUGUUGUGUAUUAGGCUUGCUGCUAGAGGGACACAGUCAUGUUUCUUUAGUAUGAUUAAGCUGACACCAAGUUAUAAUACAUAUAGGUUUGGUAUACAUAAUUAUAUAUGCAGUUGGCAAUGAGAGCCUGUGUUUUGGCAAAUGUAGCAAAUUAUUGUUUUGUAAUUUUUUUUUGCUUGGUCGAAGUCACUACAUUUUAUGCAUUACUGAACGUUUAAGUAAUAAAACAUUGUGAGAUCAUA